AUGACUUUUGAUGGCCCAGCGCGGCUAUCUACCGGCUGCCGGAAAUGCUUCAUGGAUGGAGUAGGAAAUUCCAGGAAGCCAGCAGAGGGCCCUGGCUGCGGCUGUUCAGUAAAGGGGGCUUGCUGUCUUUCCCCUGCUUCUUUCUGCCGGCUGUAUCCGGGGUUGAGCUUCCUGGGUCAGAAGGCUGCUGCUGAAUCCAUAGUGACCCGGGCGUCCCCCGCCCCCUACAGAGCAGCCGCUGAUGCCCCCAAGGGGACGCCGCUCCGCACCAGGGGUUUCCCGCGGCCGGCCGUGGUGGGGGACUGGAUCCGGCUGGGAACCCCCCGCACUACCCCGCCCGGGGAAAAAGUGCUCAUAGUUGCUGUCGGGGAUUGGGAAUGUAUGCACCUGCCUUUGCUGCUUGUGCGCUUGGCGACGGAGGAGAUUGCAAUCAGCUGGCCCAGGAUAACUGCUUUUGCUGAGUCCCACAGAAGGAGAGGACUGACGUCUGAGACAGAGCCUGAACAAGGCCCAGUGGAACAGGCUCCGGUGCAAGACUCAGUUGCGGCGGGUCCAAGUGAAGGUGGAAUAAAUUCUGACCUGCGGCGGCAGCUGGGCCUCAUCCUGCAGACUGCUGGCAGGAGCCAGGUGGAGAAGAUGCUGCGGGAGCUGGUGAAGGAGCAGAGCCAGGAUGGGAAGCGCAGACCUCGGAAGAAGGCACUCAGGAGCCCCAGAGAUGAAGUGGCUGAUGGGAACGAAGAGGAGCUACAGGCAGAAGAGGACAGCUCAGAGAAGGUGGAGCCACCAGGUUCCCAACUGGGGACAUCUGACAGCCCAGGUGAGGGUAACACCACUGACAGCCAGGGCCAGCUCAACUCAGAGGAACAGCAGCUGCCACAGGUGCCAACUGUACUACAGAGGGAGGAGAAGACAUCCCGAAAGCUAAAAGACCUGCCUGCAGCUUCGGCUGCAGCAGAAAGACCAGGGGUCUGUGUUGAGUGUGGGAAGAAGAACUUGGGUGGUGGUGGGCGAGGCCACAAUAUGCCGACGCCAGAGAGACCGCAUCAGUGUGCCGAGUGUGGACGUUGCUUCCGGCAGCGCUCCAUCCUGGCCAAACACCAAAAGAUACACACAGGCGAGAAACCCUAUCCGUGCACAGCCUGUGGCAAGCGGUUCAACCGCAGCUCCAACCUGGCACAACACCAGCGUGUGCACACAGGCGAGCGCCCCUUCCCCUGCGCCGCCUGCGGCAAGGCCUUCACCCAAAAAUCGGACCUGGAGCGGCAUCAGCGCGUGCACACAGGGGAGCGGCCGUACUCUUGCCAAGACUGUGGCAAGCGCUUCUCUGUCAGCUCCCACCUUGACCGGCACAGGCGCACACACACGCACCAUCACCAAGAGGAGCCCCCUGCCGCUGCCCCAGCCCUGUCUGCUCACCGCUGCCCUGACUGUGGGAAGUGUUUCGGCCAGCGCUCGGCACUCUCCAAGCACCGCAAGACUCAUUCUGGUGAGCGCCCUUACCCGUGCAACGCCUGCGGCAAGCGUUUCAGCCGCAGCUCCAACUUGGCACAGCACCAGCGCAUUCACACCGGCGAGCGCCCAUUCCCCUGCAGCGACUGCGGCAAGCGGUUCAUCCAGCGAUCUGAUCUGGAACGCCACCAGCGUGUGCACACUGGUGAGCGCCCCUACACCUGUGCUCAGUGCGGCCGGGGCUUCUCGGUGAGUUCUCAUCUCGACCGGCACCAGAGAGUCCACCAGGCCCAGAAGCCCUUCAAGUGCGAGGACUGUGGGAAAGCUUUUGCCCAGCGCUCGGCCUUGGUCAAGCACCAGCGCAUCCACACAGGGGAGAAGCCGUUCUCCUGCAUGGACUGUGGCAAGGCCUUCAUUCAGAAGUCGGACUUGACCAUCCACCGGCGCAUGCACACCGGUGAGAAGCCGUACCGCUGCGACACCUGCGGCAAGUGCUUCAGCGUCAGCUCCAACCUGCUGACUCACCAGCGCACCCACUUGGGUGAGAAGCCUUACGCGUGCGGGGACUGCGGCAAGGCCUUCAUCCAGCGCUCGGAGCUCACCAUCCACCAGCGCACCCACACCGGGGAGAAGCCCUACAAGUGCAGCAUCUGCGGCAAAUGCUUCAGCCGCAGCUCCCACCUCAACCGCCACCAGCGCACCCACAGCAACGACAAGGCCUCUGCUGGCAUGGCCCCUGCCACGCUGCUUGCUGCUGCCAAGCCUGCCGCUCCACUUUCCUCCUCAGCCUUCUCUGCUUCCUACCCCUCACCCAGCUCUCUUCCAACCUUGCCUUCCUUCCCCUCCUCUCCAUCGUCCCUCCCCAUCCCUUCUUUGGACCUGCCCUGGUCUCUCUCCUUUCCGUCCCGGGGCUUUUCCCACCCGUCUUUCCCUUCUCCUGCUCCGGGCAGUGUUCAGACUUCAUCCCUAAUAAACUAGGCCUUUCCCUUC